AUGCUCAGGAGAGAAGACAACUGCAGCCUGAUGGGGGCUGAAAUCCCACUCUCAUCAGAGUUCUUCAAAGUGAUUAAAAACGAGCUGUGGUUGUUCCUCAUCCCGGCGGUGCUGGCUGUACUGCUGCUGGCUCUCUUCCUGGAGGAGGUUGGCUUCUUCCUCCGUAAUGAGCCUUCGUCCAGACGCAGGCGUCUCUGCCUGUGGAUCCUGGGCAUGUACCCGGUUUUUGGAAUGACGUCCAUCAUUGCAUUGUAUGUCCCUCGGUCCUCCUCACUAUGCAAUUUUAUAGCUUCUCUGUAUCACUCCAUCACUCUGCUGAAAUUUAUGGGCCUUAUCAAAAACUUCUUUGGGGGGAAAGCCCAAAUGCUGGAAGCGCUGGCAGGGGAACAUGUCUCUCCUAACCCUUUCCCAUGCUGCUGCUGCUGCUGUCUGCCUCUCAUCAAUAUUAACAGGACAAGCCUGGGAUGGAUGAUGGCAGCUGUGCUACAGCUCUCUGUGGUCAGAUCACUGCUGUUCUUCCUCACUCUUGUCCUCUGGACAGAUGAGCAGUACGACUAUGGUGACGUGGAUUCAGUCAAUCCCAACGUGUAUGUGAAUGCCAUCAUCUGUGUGUCCACCUUUCUGUCCUUCUAUGGCUACCUGCUCUUCUACAAGGCAACUAAGAGAGCACUGCAUGGCUAUGGGCUCCGAGCCAAGUUUAUUUGCAUCAUUGUAGUCUUGGUCUUGUGUGGACUUCAAAGUGGAAUUUUGGAAACCAUGGGAGCACUAGAAGUUGUGCCAUGUACACCUCCCUUCUCUGAUCUGUUUCGCUCCCAGUUAAUCUACCAUUACGCUGUGAUUGUGGAGAUGUUCUGCAUUGGCCUCUUUGCUCGGAACAUAUUCCGCAAAGUGGAACCCAGUCCAGAAGAUGCUUACGGACUUGAGGAGGGGAUCAUGAGCAACACUGAUAAGUCUGUUCAAACAGAAGACGAGUUGCCGCUUGCCGUGCAGCCCAGCUCUCAGGCAGAGGAGCCGUGGUGCUCUAAUCCUGGCUAUAGCAGCGAUAGCGAAGACAGCCUGUGCAGAAUAGAACAUGCCCCACUGGACCGCUUUCCCUUUCCCUUACAGUCCAGGCCUCCAAUACUGGCAAACCUAGAAAGAGAUAACACUGAACUAACUGAGCAGUGUAAAAGAAAGGAGCCAUCAAUCAUCACUGUCAGUGCUGAGAUUAACUGUGUGGAAAAUACUGAUGUGACUGUUGUAUAGAAGCAGAAGCAUCAAACUGAGCAAGGCACAUAUCACCAACAUCCAGUCCAACCAAUUAUUAUUUCACUGCAAUUUAGGUGCCAAAGUGCGAAAACCAAGCACCGAUCUACUUGCAUACCUAGAUGCUAUUAGUGUCUUUUUUGUAAACAUAUGUUAAUACAUUUGCUAAUAGAGCAUGAAAUGGUAGGUAGAAAAGCAUUAUUUGUUUUAUAUUCAUUAUUUAUUCUCUGCACUUGACACUUUACAGGCCCCACUAACAUGUUCAUCUCAUAUUUACUUAACGAGCACAUUUCAGAAAUUAAGCCUUUCCAUAACUCCCUGUGGAGUGUCACUGAAACUAAAAUAGCUGAACCAUCAUGAGCGUGUCUAAAAAAUGUGAACUAUUGCAUCAUUUUCAAGAAGUCACUAAAAGUGAGUCAAAUCAUUUACAGCUGUCUCAGUUUUCUGUUAUCAUUUACAACUUCAAAUUGCAAAGGCACUGACCAGUAACCAGUUCAUUUUUUAGGAAUACUGUAUGUAAUUUUCACAACAUGUUGUAAUAAUAUUUUAUUCGCUUUUGCUUUUAGAGAUAUGAUGCUAUAUGAUACUAAGUAGAACCGUCUUUGUAAGUCACUUAUAUUGAAUUGUUCUUGCCUUGUGCUUUUUACAAUAACGAGAAUAAUGUAAUAGUACUGUCACCUGUUAUAUUAAGAAUAAAAAAAUAGUCUUUAA